UUCCGUUGGUGUCGGUCUGAAAGAGGCUGUGAGGGGUUCGGAGUUUCCUGUUGGCUCGGGCGGAACACGCGAGGUUGGGAUCAAGUUUCUUCUAAAUUCCCAACGUCUUGCCAAAAGCGCGCGCGCGCUGGCUGCCUGGACUGAAUCUUCACUAUUAUACAGCAGAAUGGCUGAACACCCAUUGUGGGAGCAAAUUGGUAGAAGUUUUGUGCAUCACUAUUAUCAACAAUUUGAUCUAGACCGAAAUCAGCUUGGCACUCUGUAUAGUGACACUUCCUGCUUAACGUGGGAAGGACAACCUUUCCAGGGGAAAGCUGCAAUAAUGGAGAAAAUAGCUAGCCUACCAUUUCAGAAAAUUCAGCAUAGUAUAACUGCAGAGGACCAUCAACCAGCACCAGACACUUGUGUUCUGAGUAUGGUUGUAGGGCAGCUAAAGGUGGAUGAUGACCCGGUGAUGGGUUUUCAUCAGUUAUUCCUUCUGAAAAAUGAUAAUGAUAAGUGGAUCUGCACAAAUGACAUGUUCAGAUUGGCUUUACAUAACUUUUGCUAGGCUUGUUUUACAACUCUAGUCCAUACUUCAAUCAGCUGGUUGUCUUUAGUCUGAUAGUGAAAGUGUAUUCAUAUGGGUGCUGUUUGGUAAUGACCUGAAUUGCUUAACAAAAAUGGUUGUGGUAUUUGCCUACAAGAUUUCCACUCUGUUCAGCAUUCAAAGGUCAGAUGCAUGAUCAAUGUUUACUUAUCCAGUGACUGAAAAUGACAAGUUUCAAGUUCUGUAAAUGGUUUCCAUAAAUGUCAACUUUUUCAUGAAAUAUUUGAAUCUUGGACUUGUUAGAUAUAUAAAAAAAUUAU